AUGCAAGUGACGGUGACAUCGGCUGAUGGCGGACAAGUGACUCAGGUCAGUGCUGAGGCCACGCAACAGCUAAACUCUGUAGGCGUGCAAUUACAACAGCAGUUCGGUAUCCCCGCGGACCAGCAAGUGCUAAUUUUAAAUGGCAAUCCGCUGCGGCUUGACUACACGUUCGAGCAGGCAGGCGUGAAAGAAAAUGAUCUUCUCGUAAUUAUCCGCAAGGCAUCGGCUACAUCAGCUGCGAGGCCUGAUUCCUCGUCUACAACAGGAUUUACCGCACGCCCGGGCAUGAAGCUGCACGAAAUUCCGGCCAAUCCCAACCCAGAGAUACUUCUUGAUAUCAUCAACAUGAAUCCACAGCUUUUACCUGAGCUACACCAAGUUAAUCCAAACUUGGCGACAGCACUUGAGACCAGAAACGCAUCGAAUGUGCGCAUGGCGCUGAUGCAAAUGUAUAUGAAGGCUGCGUCGCAAAAGUUUGAGGAACAGCAAGAGAUCGAGGCUCUGGAACGCAAUCCGUUUGAUACUGAGGCCCAGGCUAAAAUUGCUGAGCGAAUUCGUUUGUCGAAUGUUCAAAAAAACAUGGAAAUUGCAAUUGAGGAAAUGCCUGAGGCAUUUGGAAAUGUUACGAUGCUUUUUAUUCCCUGUGAAGUUAACGGAACGCAAGUAAAGGCAUUUGUCGACUCGGGGGCCCAAUCGACCAUCAUGUCAUCGAGCUGUGCGGAGCGUUGCGGCAUCAUGCGGCUAGUGGAUAAGCGUUUUGCUGGACAAGCAGUGGGUGUGGGCACGGCCACCAUAAUCGGAAAAGUGCACAUGGUACCUUUAAAAGUCGGCGACGAGUUUUACAACUGCAGCUUUACAAUUUUAGAUCAGCAGGGUGUUGAUUUUCUUUUUGGCCUGGACAUGCUUAGGCGACAUCAAUGCUGCAUAGAUCUAAACAAAAACGUGCUGCGUCUUCACGAAGGCGAGCACUUUCAUGAAGUUCCUUUCUUACCGGAACAUGAAAUACCCUCCCCGGAAAAACGAGCGAUUACUGCGCUGCCUCCCGCUUCACUAGGCGGCAUUCCUGUCUCGACUUCAAUUCCAGAAUCUAAUGCUGCAGCUGACCCAAUCAAUUCUCAAGUAGAAAGAAACCACGUAGAGCAGGAGAAGAUCGCUCAGCUUGUGGGAUUAGGCUUUACUGAGCAGCGGGCCAUUCAAGCGCUGCAAACUUGCAAUGGAAACGUCGAAAUGGCAGCUGGCUUUUUAUUUGAAAACCGCUUAACUAUGGUAGGUGAUAAUGAAUUUCGAGAUGACCUGUACGAGAUCUUGGGCCUCGAACCUGCCGCGGAUAAAAGCCAGGUUGCUCGCGCGUACAAAAAGAAGUCUAUAUUACAUCAUCCUGACCGUGGUGGAAACGUGCAAAAGUUCUUGGAAUUGACACAUGCACGUGACAUUUUGUUGGACCCUCAAAAGAAAGAAGUAUAUGACAGAAAAUUGUCACGCGAGGCAUUGGCUAAGAAACAGCAGCGCGAACGUGAUGCAGAGUUCAAUGAAAAGCGUAAACGAAUGCGAGAUGAAUUGCUGCGGAAAGAGAAGGCUUCUGAGCGCAAUAAAAACAAUAAUUUCAAGCAGCAGAAGGCUGACCUGUCGAAAUUUCGGGAACAAGCGCUGGCUCGUCAGCAAGAGCUGUACAAUCGUGUCGCUCGUGAAACGAAGCGACGAGAUGAUUUGAGACAGUCACAGGCAGCAAACAUCGCUCCUAGAUCACAGCGCACAGUUACAUUCAAAUGGAAUAAAAAUCAAUUUUCACACUCAGAUGACACGCUUAGCAGAGAUCUACGGUGUUAUGGUGCCAUUGAAACAAUCAAGAUGAAGACAUCGUCUGCAAAGGUCAUUUUUGCUGAAGCCUCGGCAGCUGCAAGUGCCGUACGCGUUGAAGGACACAAGAUAUGCUGGCGUGAGGUCUCAAUCAAAGGCCACAUUGUAGAGACAGACGGUUUUACGUCUGCAGAAGACAAGCCGGUGAUUGAAACAACAUCGGGUCGUCACGUGUCAACUCUUCCUAGGGGCCCUAUAUCAUUAGAGGAACAUUUGGCGUUUGAGGCAAAAGUUCUUGCCGCAUUGCGAAAAACAGCUAAGUUGCAACAAGAGCAACAGCAACGGAAUCCCGUACAAUCACCACAACUUUAG